ACCUCUGAAACAUCUCCAAAGUAGGAGUGUGUGCUCCAGCUUUUAUCAGCCUCUGAGAGCAGAUUUCUCCUCCUGCUGCUGCUGAAUGUGUCCUUGUGUCGAGCUGAACUCAGGCUAUCUCAGAAACAGAGCUCUUAUCUUCACUUCUGUCCUUCAGCCGCUCUAUAAAGCUGUCCCUCGUCCUCCUGCUGUCCGCCGUCUCCAUCUCCACCAUCUUCAUCUUCAUCAUGCUGCCGGCCGUCCUCAAGCUCUGCUGUGGGAUCUCCUAUCCUCACGUGCGCAGUAUGGCAGGUCUGCAGCGUGCAGCUCUCGCAGUUUUUGGUCAGGAGUUCAGACUUCUGCAGAACAGAUUCAGCUUUCCUGCACGCAGCUCCAUCAGACACACACACAGUGAGCAGCAUUACUUAUUAUCUGUGUGUUUGUCUCUGAAAAGAUCAGCAGCUCUGGCAGAUGAAGAUGAUGUGUUUUAUCAGAAGCAGGGAGAAGCGGCUCUGAAUGAAGCUCUGCAGAUCGUGGAGAACAGAGACGGCUGGACACUGGAGACGGCGGAGAAGAACGGAGAUGUGAUCUAUAGUAAAGUCCUGACGGGGAACAGGAAGGUUUUCCGCCUGGAGGCUGAUCUGGACGCGACUGCAGAUGAACUGCAUGACAUUUUGUUCUUCAGGGUGGAGGAGAUGCAUGAGUGGAACCCCAGCAUCAGACGCAUCACGGUUCUGAAACACGUGGGGGGAAACACCUUGGUAACGCACGAAGUGUCAGCGGAAACUGCGGGGAACCUCAUUGGCCAGCGGGAUUUCCUGAGCGUCAGACAUUCGUCCAAGAGCGAAUCAUGUGUUUAUCUGGGCGGAGCUGCGACUCGGUUUGAGUCUCUGCCACCACAGCCGGGCUUCGUCAGGGCUGAAGAUGGACCGACCUGCAUCAUCCUACAGCCACUUCAGGAUGCUCCGCACCGCAGCCGCUUCACCUGGCUGCUCAACAUGGAUGUCAAGGGUUGGCUUCCACAGUCUUUGGUGAACAAAGCUCUUCCUCGAGCACAGGUGGACUUUACUAAACACCUGCGUCGCCGACUGGCUGAAAACAACAGCAGAUGAAGCUUCUGACCACGCUGACGCCAAUCAAUGAUAUAGGAAAACACACACACGCAACAUACACCUCAGUGCAAAGACGCUACCUAGAAACCACAUUAAAAAACACACACACAUUAAAUAAAUCAAUUUGAAGUCAAUUGACUGCCUUAAUGUCAAAAAUAACAUAUAUUCAUGCUUUUUUUUUUUAUUUAAACCUUUAUUUUACAAGGAAAUCCUCUUGAGAUUUGUCAUUUAAUUUUCAAGAGUGUCUUGGAUAAACAAAACAAACACAAAACAUCAAAUUCAAUAUUUAUUGAUCGCAUACAGAGUCAUACACAGCAUGAUAUGCAGUGAAACGCUGACACAACCACUCAUAACCUUAAAAUUAUAACAACUAAAAUCAUAAUAAU